UGGCAAAGAAAAGAAAAAGAAAAAUCACUUUUAUGAAACCCAAAGGUUGAAGAAAGAGAAGAAGAAGAACUCGUUCAUAUUUUCUCACCCUUUGUGGCAUUUCCACAAACACCUUAACUCCAUCAUCUAUGGAGGCUCUUACUUCACUUCACCACCGUCACCAACCUCUAUGUUCCUCUCUCUACCCUUCUCUAUCAUCAUCAACUUCUUCUUCACUCUUUCUCUCACAAUCUUCACCAUCAUCAUCUUCCAUUAGAGCUACAUCGUCUUCUGAUUCCCUUCAAAAUCUUCAAUACCCAGAACCCAAAACCCCUCAAUUUUCCAACCCUCCUCUUCAUGACGCAGAGCCCAAAUCUCCUCAAAUUUUCAACCCUAAUCGUAAAUUUCCAGGCGUUGACCCUCCUAUUCAGGAUCCAGAACCCAAAUCUUCUCAAUUUCUUAACCCUAUUCGUAAAUUUCCCUCUUUUGUGACGGUUACUGCAGCUGCAUCGGCUUUUCUCUUUCUGGGUUAUUGUCAAAAUGGGUUUAACAAACCAAUAACACCACUUUCCCCAGUUGUUUCUGUUGAGGAAAAAAACGGUUUUGAAGAAUUUUCGGGGAGUAAACCAUUUCAAGUUCAAUCUGUUUUACAUUUGAAGCUGAAAGAGAAAGUUCGUGUUGUGCAUAGUUUCAAGAAAGUUAAAACUGAUGAUGAUGAAGCAUGGCAAGUGUUGAGAGGAGAGGUUUUUAGCUGCAGUGAGAAUUUGGAGUUGAUUAAGGUUGGAUUUGAAGAGAUACUGGAGAAAGACAUGGAUUGUAACAAGGUUCAUCAAAAUAGUGUUCUUGAGUAUCUUGAAAGGGUUGAUGAAUGUAAUAGCUUGUUAAAGGGUAUCAAGGUUUGGAUGGAUAGAUGUGAGUGGGAAGACGCGGAUAUAAAUCGGCACCUCAGAUUCUUCUGCAAGGUUGUUGAUCAAAUUAGGGUCUUGGAAGGAGACAUGGUUAGUGCUUUGAAGUAUUUUAAGCAGCUUGAACAAUUGAACAAGAGUGAGUAACAGGAAAUUCGAAUGGAAGGUUUUCUCUUGGAUGAUUCGUUUCUGAUAAUCACCAAAGAAGAUAUUUGAGGUUUUGAUUUUUAUUACUUUUACUACUUUUAUUAUAUGAUGUGUUAGUUUUAAAAUAGUGGUUUAUUAAGAUAUGAUGAAGCACACGUAUAUAGUUAGGUGCUGAACAUUUAAGUAUUAGAAGCAUAGCAUGCAUCUAUGUUGCUGUAUUAUAUGGUAUGCACCUUUUCAUGUCUUUUGAGAUUGCUUCCUGGUAUGAGAUGUUAAUUUAUGUGUA